AUGUCUGGAUACCCUCCUCAGCAUGGCAACGAGCCAUACACAAACCCUACGUUUUCACAGCAGCAGCAGCAGGGCAUGAACUACGAUUCUCCCCAAAGCCAGGGACCGCAAUAUGAUGCGCCGUAUCAUGCCCCGCCGGAAACUUAUGGCCGGACUCCAUUACGGCACCAACAGAACUAUGGGCAGGCUGGCUUUGAAUCGCAACCACAAAGCAGAGCGCUGCCUGGACCGCCUGUUAUCCAGGAGCAGCAUGAGUCGGAAUACCCACCACAGAAUAGGAACGAAAUUUCGCCCACCAGGAGUAGAGGAAUGCCAGUGGAUGAUACGAUUUCUCACGCGAGCUAUGGAAGCCACCAACAUCAUCAUCCUCAGAGUAGAGGGUUUAUACCAGGCGAUAAUGGGCAGGGAUAUCACGACCAACCGCCUCAGAUGAGGCAAAUUCAUCACAAUCAUUCUAGCCAGGAUACACUACAACCUAGUCGAGUGCCGCCAGUCGCAUAUGGUAGUGAGAGGGCCCCAAGUGCGCCCCCAUCCAUGGCAGGUGAGCGACCACAGGGCGUUCAGUCGAGCAAUAGCAAUCGGGCAUCAUCAGUAAACCUAGGGUUUUAUUCGGACAGUCCAUAUCAGAGGUACAGUACUCAUUGGAAUCCGGAGACAUCCGGAUUGUCGAGCGGGGAUCUAUCUUUGCAGGAUAUGCGAAGGAGUAGUCAGGAUUCUGACGAUGAAGAACUAAAUAGGGGGAAACGCUCGGGACCAUUGGCAGGUGGCAUUGGUGGAGUCUUUGGAAAGAAGGUGGAAACCGGUUCAACGGCUAGUGGUGUAGGGGCAAACAGUGGGUUAUUAGCGUCCGGAGUGCAAAAUCGUAACAGCAGUGUACCUGCAGGUGAUUCGGAUUGGCUCCAAGACCAGAAGAAACAAUCCAAGAAGACAAAGUGGAUAGUAGGCAUUGUUAUUCUUAUAAUUGUCCUACUUGCAGCUGGUGGGACUGCCGCAGGUGUUAUUCUCUCAAGACGAAAUAACAACGGCGGCGGGGGAGGUUCAGCAACCUCAUCCGUGGAUCCAAAGGAAGAUAAUCCGGAUGCUCCUCUAGUCAACAGUGGCACCGAUUCUGUCAAGAACUUGCUAAACAACCCAAACCUACACAAGUCGUUUUAUGGAAUGGAUUAUACUCCUUUGAAUGCCAUCUACCCCGAAUGUUUAACGUUGCCAGCUACUCAGAACAAUAUUACUAAGGACAUUGCGGUCAUUAGCCAGUUGACUACAAGGCUACGUAUGUAUGGCAACGACUGCAACCAGACCGAGAUGGUUCUGGAGGCAAUUAAGCUACUGGACGUCGAUCUCAAAGUAUGGCUCGGUGUCUACAUUGAUAACAAUGCGACUACAAACGCACGCCAGUUGGAGCAGAUGUACAACAUUCUGGAAACAUACGGACAAGACCCUUUCUUGGGCGUAGUUAUCGGAAAUGAAGCAUUGUUCAGACAAGAGAUCACUGAAAUGGCUCUCGUCCAAAUGCUGGGGCAGGUCAGACAGAACUUCACAACUUUGGGAUAUGAUAAAAUCAACAUAACUACAUCUGAUCUCGGGUCAGCUUGGACAUAUAAUCUUGCCGCAGCUGUUGAUACGCUUAUGGCUAAUGUUCACCCAUUCUUUGCUGGUACUACCGUCGGUGAUGCACCCGGUUGGACUUGGUUGUUUACAGAAAAUAACGAUGUCGCGAUCGCACGGCAAACCACCAACAAUCCGAAUGUAAUUGUUUCUGAAGUCGGGUGGCCAUCUGGAGGAGGAACCUACUUGGGCAGUGUCGCUGGUAUCGACGAGCUGAACCAAUUUGUUGAAGAUUACGUCUGCGGAGCGAAUGCGAACGGAACGGAAUACUACUGGUUCGUGCCGUUCGAUGAGCCGUGGAAGGAGAAGUUCAACGUUCCUGGCAAGAGGUGGGAAACCCGUUGGGGCCUCAUGGACGUCAACCGCAACAUCAAGUCGGGCGUAACUAUUCCCGACUGUCCAUCAAAGUAA